AUGACCAAGUUGAUGCGUCAAAGGAUCACAUUCCAGACCCGAUUCUCUAUUAGAGCUCUCUCCACAUCACGGACUCAAACACCUCGCACUUCCCUAUACCGAGGCUACGCGACCAAAUCCUCAAAUGACCCCGAGCAAGCAACCACCACCCACCAGCCAGACUUGCCCAACCGCCCAAUCCCCUCUAACAAAGCAAAGCCCACUCUCAGCAAGGGAGAACAGUCGCCUCUUACGGACCGAGAGGGGAACCCGAAGAAGGAUCUCCCUGAGGACGUGAAGAAGCACAACCAGGAGAUGGAGGAGCGGUACGAUAAGCCGUAUAACUCCACUGGUGAUGAUGGCACAGUCAAACCUGCUUUCAAGAGCUAG